AUGGAGCUGCGGAUGGCCUGGCAAUGCUGUCUGGUAGACGGGCAGCUAGCAGCUAGCAGCGCUCUUUGCUUUCUUUGGUCGCGGCGGGGAUUCGCCCUGCACGACGGCCUUGCGAGGAGGGCUCGAAAUGGAGCGCCUGGGAUCCUGGGACUCUGGGAGCCCUGGGAGACCUGGCACUGGCAGCAAUCCUUGCCGACCACGACCACCAGGAGAGCCAGAAUAAUACCGAGACCUGGCACGCCGAAUCAGACCCAGCAGCGACGGCGGAAGAGGACGAAUGCGCGCUCCACGCGCUCGGCCGUUGCUGGAGCGGUCCAGUAG